AUGGCUCAGGGCUCAGACAGUAAUGAUACCAGCUACACCAAAUCUCCAUCACCAGGAAACAAACAGGGUUCAACAGACGACAUGAGGAAGGUAAUGAGGAGGGAGAAGAAUCGCAUUGCGGCCCAGAAGAGCCGGAUGAGACAAACACAAAAAGCCGACAGUCUUCACCUGGAGAGUGAAAAUCUGGAAAAAGAGAAUGCAGCUCUGCGAAAGGAAGUGAAGCGAUUGACAGAGGAAGUGAAGUAUCUGUCCACGGUACUAAGCAACCACGAGCCGCUGUGCACCACCCUGAGUGUCACGCCCGCCGACCUGCUGUACAGCACACACACACAUGCACACACACCCUUCCACCAGCACAUUAACGCAUCACACUACCCUCUCUGACCUGCAGGCAAUACUGUCGGGGGGAGCCGGGCGGUGGUGAGGGCGGUGGUGUUAGGGCUCAGGUCACACACAACAUACUGGAUGCCAAAUUACACAGCUGAAGAGAACCAGCAAAACCAGUGAAAUAACUUGGGGGUGGAGGGCACUGCCAAGGCUGUUCCCGAAAAAGUGCACUCUGAUCAUCUUCUACAGUCAUGAAUGAACUAAACGUCCGUUAUUUAAGAUCAGCUAGUGAUUUUG